ACGAGUUGUUGUGUUGCGUUACGAUUCCUGCUUUUAAUAUUGUUUCCAUUUUCUUUUAAAUGUUUUUACCAGCUAAGUCGACUCAAAAUUAACUAAACGCUUUCUAACACAGUAACUACGAGAUACGUUUUCGGGAAGUUUAAAAACAGAAACGAUAACGUACGGAGUUAGCUCAUGUUGCUAACGUUAGCCGCUGACUUAACCUCCAGCUUUCCAGGAUGUCUAAACUUGAACGUUUGAAUGCUCGUGUGGCCAAGCUACUGACCGAGGCGGUGCAGGGGGUUCUGGAGGUGGUGAAGGAGACAGUGUCAGAGUACCAGCAGAAAACUGCCAGGACACAGAGGGAGAACGAGAGUCUGAAGAGGAAGCUGCAGGAGCUACAGGACAAGAUAACAAGAGAGAGCACAGCUGCUCCACCCACAAUCAGUCCAUUACCUGAAGAAAAAGAAGACCCACAGAUUCAAGAGCAGGAUCUGGGGCUCGCUUUGUGGCAGGGCUCAGACCUCCCUCUCGCAGAGCAAGCACCGAUAAGCAGUCUCAAACCUGACCAUGACGUGAAGCAGGAAUUGAAACAACAGGAGAGCUUCAGUGAUGCUGGAUUACAAGUUGAGUGCAACUUAACACAAACAACAGAACAGUGCAAAGCACAACCCAAGGAGGUGACGCACAUUAUUGAGGAGGCAGUGACAGUCCACACAUCACACAGUGCAGACAGCAACAUCAGUGCUGUCUCAUCCAAUAAUGCAUGCACCUCUCACUCCAGCACCUCACUUGGGGUAAACCUGGCUGGUAUCAAAACAGAGUCAGAACUAGCAGACUGCACAACAUCAGAGCCACCAUCUCUUCCAGAACAAUACAGUGGAUGUGUGGAUUUAAGCUGCAACUCUUCUCGUCAGAACACCGCUGAGACGCAGAGGUCACAUAUUAGUGCUGAACCUCAAGGACGCGUCUUCAUCCACUCAAAUCACCCCAUCCCUCGGAGGCAUGGCUUUACAAAAAACAGCAGGGCUGCAUUUGAUGGGAGAAAAAACAGGAUGGAGCACUUCAGGAGAGAAGACUCACACUUGUGCGUCGUGUGCGGAAAGACGUUCAGCAGGGUCGGGAACUUGAGAAUCCACCAGCGUUGUCACACAGGAGAGAAGCCGUACGGCUGCAUACAGUGUGGGAGGCGUUUUAGUCAGGCAGGAGACCUGAAGAAACACAAGAGGGUCCACACGGGGGAGAAACCGUACUACUGCAACCAGUGUGGAAAGAGCUUCAGUCGGGGGGAGAAUCUGAAAAGACAUCAGAAGAUUCACAUUGGAGAAAUUUUACAAUUACAGCAGGUGUGGAGGGAGCAACACAAUGAUUAAUGUACAAGACUGACUGCAAAGCACAUUGACGCUGUGGAGAAUCUGUGAAGGAUCAUGUUUGGUCUGUGCCCUUAAGAAACAGUUGCAAGACACCUAAAUUAUUAGCUUGAGAAUUUAUUAAGGCUAGUCUUUUAUAACUUAUUGGGAAUUGUUACAAGGACUUACUUACUGUUCUGCUAUGGAGCCAAUUGUGUGCUAGUUAUGCUACUUUUUUUGUCCCUCUGAUCACAAUGAAACAGGGCUGUAGAAGGUUAUCACCCAACCAAAGAGGUGGAUGUAAAGACACACUAUCAGUAUAUAUAAUGAUAAAUCAAACAAUUAGAGUAAUAUAAAAAAAGGACACAAUAAUCGAAGACAACACAAGAUAAAACUAUAAAAUAAUCAAACGAGACAUUUAUAAAAUAAACUGUGCUAAAUUAAGAAAAGGCUUUUUGAACAGAUAGGUUUUAGAGGUAUUUUAAAAGAUGUCACUGAUUCAGCAAACCUCAAAUCAGAUAUCACAAUAUUUAUGACUAACUGCGACUAUAUUGCAGGGUUAACUAUUUCUCAACUUUCACAAAAUAUUCACACAGUUAGAUUUUUGAUAAUCAUCAGUAAUGUGCAUGAAAUGAGCAAGUGGGUAAAGACAAACAAAAGAACAGCUGUAACAGUCAGGUAAGGAAAAUACACUUAUGAUAUUACAAUAUCCAAAAUCUAAAAUGAUAUAUCUGUCAAAUAGUGUUUUUGGCUAACACAGUUUGGUCAGUUGUGGAAUUUUACCUCAUAGAGCUGUUACAUUAGGAGAAAAAGAAGAAAAAAGAAAAGAAAUAUACUUCAGAGGUCCUACAAAGCCAUGGUAUAUUUAUACAGGUUUUUAAAAAAUAUUAUUUUGGCUGAGUCUAUCCAUUUUAGCUGUUUAGUGCGACAAAAAAUACCUUUGCAAUUCUUCUCAACCAGAGUGGAGGUCAAAUCACGCAGGGGUGUGCUGGACUUUAAGGAGUUGCACUUUUUAUUAAGCACCUUCAGCUGUCAAAAUGAUUUUAUUAGAAUGUAUAACAUUAUCAGUAAUGUUUCAGACAGUGUAGAAAGGAAACUCAGAUACUGACAUGUGCUAAAAAACAAUAAACAAAACAUGAUGGUGCAGCUCUACUUUGCAUAUAACAAAUUUAUAUCCACUGAGCAUUCGGUCUAAAGAGCAGGUUUAAACUUUCAAAGGUGACAUUGUGUCAUAUAGGAAUAUGAUUUCAGUAAUUUCCAUAUCUGGAUAAGUAUGUGGGGGGAAAAAAGAGAAUGGAAAAAUAUUUGUGUUUCCAGACUGUUGGCCUUUAUUCUGUUUUUUAACAUAUACUUAAGAAUUUCUAGAAUAAAUUGAUAGUACUUAUAAACAGAGUGUUUCUCAUGGUAUUUGGAGCAGGCAGCCAGCACAGCCAAAAUAUUUGCCACCGUGUGAGCGAGUAUGGGCCAGAGCUGGCUCCAUGUCAUUGAAAGCAAAGCUCCAAGUAUGCCAUGUCUAAGUGCUUGAUAACUAAACCAAAUCUGGACAUCUGCCACCAAAUUAGCCUGAAAGAUAACGUGGCAAUAUCUUUGAAUAGCAUAUAUUCAUAGCAUCACAAAUAACUGACUGUUUAGCUUGUCUAAUAUCUGUGAGUGAUGCAGUGAUGCAGAUAUCUGAUGAGCAAACACUGUCUUGUCUGUGCAAAGGAAACCAAACCUUCAUGGUUGCAUUCAUCGUUGUUUCCAUGGACACAGUGAAUAACCAAGGCUGCACAGGUGCUGUGAAAAUUAAAUUAUUUAAUUUUUUUCCAACUCAUUUUUUAAUUCUUAUUUAUGAAAGAGACUAAAACUAUGGGGUAACAGUGAUAUAAUUUAUUCAACAUGUUAAGAGAAAAUAAUCCAAGUAAAGGCAGCGUUGGUUCGCUUACUUCAUCUUUGGGCAGAAACAUUACGAGACACUACAUGAACUAGCUGCAGUCUCCUGGCAGUUAUUGGGCAACAUUAAUAUCAUACAUGGUCAGAAGGUAAUGCACAUGUUUACAGAUGGAUUUUAAAACCAUUAAUUUAUUUUUAAUUUUAAUAAACAUCUGGUUAUUUGGACUCAGAUGCUAAACAUGGGCUGAAAAUCUACCAAGAACUCUGGAAAUGUGAGUCUGCAAAAGUCUGGAGUUGAAUGUAAAAUGUGUAUGAACCCUGUGUGAAGUUGUUUCAGUCAUGUACAGAGUGAGUUCUCUCAUGUUAAAUAAGUAAAGACUGAAUGAUAGAAAGUCUUUAAUAUCUGGACAGCAUGAUUGUCAUGAAAACUGCCUGAUGUUCCAGACUGAUUGAAGCUUGCUGUAUGCUGGAUGUAUUUAUUGCAGAUUUUAUUUAGUUUUUUAGGAUAUAAGCCAGGAAAAUAGAGUUUGUACAGCAGAACAAUAAAUUAAUUUAUUACCACCACAAACGGCUCAGUGAGUGUCUGUUCCUCACUCAUUAACAUCACUCAAAGGCUCGUUGAAAAAGUAAUAAAGGCAAA